AUGAAUAAUCUUUUGGAUGCCUCACAAAGUCCAAGUUAUGUGGUAGAAAGAGCAUUCCAGGAUGGGAUUAAACAUGUUAUCGUGGCGAAGGAUGGUAUGCACACCAAACAUUUCGUGGAACUCGUUGCUGAAACUGUAGUGAAGUCUGGCUUGCUGAAUGAGCUUCUUCAAGUCCAGAAGCUUGAUGCUUUUGAUGUAGUUUCCAAGCCUUGUAUGGGUGAAAAACUUAAAGUUGUGAGCGAUUACUUGAUAUCUGCCACUGGGAAGGAUCUAAGUUUGAUGAUUAGUUUUAGAACCAGAAGAAAUAGUGAUCCGGCGUCUCAUCAUGUUGUCUUUCUGGAAUCAACGAAUCAAGCUUUUGAUUAUAAGGCAUCGCUCAUUGACCUGGACAUGAAACCACUGAAGAAAAUGAAGCAUUACUAUGAGUUAGACCAGUAG